AGAAGAAAAAAAAAAGUGUCAUGGUGAAAAAAAUUAGACCUCGUUAGAGUAAAAGUGUUCUGUCUCUGUGAUUCAGAACAAUAUUGAAUUUUGAACACACUUUCAAAGUUUCACUUUGAUUUCAUGAUUUGUGUUAGUGAUAACUUUGUUCGUUUUACAAAAUGUAUCAUAUGAAAAAUAUUAUACCAUUUGAUGAUAUCGAGUUACCACAGAUUUUGUAUCCCUUAAAACCAAUGUCUACUACUACACGGGUGGAGAGUGAAAUCAAUAUUCGUGAGCAGGUUAUCAAAUUUAUUAAGAACCCACAAAGUAGAAAUUUACUUGACCUGGAAGACAGGCAGAUUCAGCUUCUAAAGAAAUUAGAUUUUCUCUAUGAAAAGAUAAAAUUUAUCAGCACAACAUGUCAAUUAUCAGAUAGCAAUAAAAAUGUGUCUAAAGGGUCUAUGGUUAAUAAAACUGAUGAGAUUGUGUUGGAAAUGAAUUCUGAUAGAUUACCAUGGUUCUUAAGAUAUUUUUUAAAACAAAAUAAAGAUUUAUCUUUAUUAUGGCAUAUUCACUCUUCAACUCCAUCAACCAAAGUACAAAAUUUAAAAAAGUUUUUUGAGGAUUUGAAAACAAUUACCAAUAACAAGGAUAAUGAUAGACCUAACUUGAGGCUGAUUUUUAAAAAUGUUUCAGCUGACACAGAAUUGAAAAUAUCAGCUCUUGGAGUACCAAUAAUUGGAAGUGUUAAUGUUAUCAGAUAUCUCUGUGAAUUAUAUCCAAACUCAUUGGGGUAUGACUACAACGAUUAUGUUGUGGAAGGAAUACUGGAUAAUUGUUACACUUUAGAAAAGAUGACUGGCAAACACAAACAAGCUUCAAUUAAAAAGAUUUUCCAAUCCAACAAUAUGUUGCUUAGUGGAAAGUUUACUAUUGUAGAUCUUGUUUUAUUUAAUGAAAUCAAACAGAGCAGUGCAUUAAGCGGUGACUUCAUUCCACAGCAGUGGUUAGACAAGUGUAAAAAGGAAAUAAUGUAAAGAAUAAAUUUUAUUUAUUGCUUAA